AUGGUUUCAGCCUUGUGCGAGAAGGACUUUGAGGUUAAGAUACCUCAAGAGAUUGACAUGGAGGGCAUUGAUAGUUUGAAUGUUGAUGCAUUUGAGGGGAUGCUUGCUUUGAGUUGUGCUUACGAGUCCCGGUUCGUGAUCUGGGUUAUGAUGCAGGGUUUACUGAGCAGCAUGGCUCCUUGUGUUCUCUAUGGAACUAAUGUCGAGCGACUCGGGUUAACUCCUAAUAAUACCUUUGCUAACCACUGUUUGCCUUACACUGGCUUUUACUUACUCGGCCAAACCUUUUUCGGUUGGAACUGCCUCGCGCCUUGGUUCUCUUAUCCCGUCCGUACGGCUAUUCGCCGGAAGUUUAAUCUAGAGGGAAGCUGUGAGACGCUUACCAGAUCGUGUUCGUGCUUAGGAAGUUUUGUGGAGGACGAGGAUCAACGCGAACAAUGUGAGACUGCCUGCGAUUUCGGGGCCCACAUAUUGUGCCACACGUGCGCCCUUUGUCAGGAGGGUCGUGAAAUUCGCCGUAGGCUUCCUCAUCCUGGCUUCAAUUCACGACCCGUCUUGGUCAUGAUUCCACCUCCCGUGCAAGCCAUGGGCAACAGAGAAUAA